GGACGGGGGCAGUUGGGUCAGGGAGGGUUCUAGGGACACCGCCCUGACCGGCCCCACCGGGCUCUGGACGGGGAAAAGCCGUGGUGGGACAGCUCGGGGAAGGAUGAGACAUGUCCCCCCCGCUUCAGACACGCGGUGCAAGUCCGGACGCGUGGCGUGAUUGACACCAAGUAUCUUUGAAGACCUUUCCUCCACCUUGAAAAGUGCACUGAGAAGGAAAAGAUCUCGUGAAAGAGAUUCUCAACACUUUAGAGAUUGGUGUCUUGGCCUUGAGUUCUAGGUGCUCCUUUCAUCAAACAGGAAGUCAUCAAUACAUCAAAAAGAAGUUUCCCAUGGCAGAGCAUACAGAGAGUUGCACUUCACCUGUACUGGUUUUACAUUUUAAGCUACCUUAUGCUCUUGGUUGAAGAUGGCAUCAUGCCUUUAUGAAUGCCUAUGUGAAGCAGAACUUGAAAAAUACUAUUCCCACUUUGCUGCCUUUGGUCUUCAGAAAAUUGAUGAGCUUGCCCAAGUUUCCAUGGAAGAUUACGCCAAACUGGGGGUCCACGACAUAAAUGACCGCAAGCGUCUUUUCCAACUCAUUAGAAUAAUAAAAAUUAUGCGAGAGGAAGGCAUUGCAGACUUAAGCAAACAAGACUUAAAACCACGUGGCCUUUUCAUUCAGCCUCAGGUGACCAGGUCAGGACCCCGUAGACAGCUACGUUUCGAGUCCUUCUGUGAAGAAGAUGAUGGAACAGUUAGAGAGUCUGAAUCUGAAGUGUAUCAUUCACCUGAUUUCAGUGCCAAUGAAGAGAAGAACAGUGUAGGGGAAAUGCUGGGACACAUUCUACCGCACGAUUCUGAGCCGAUCAGAUUAACUAGAAGAGACCUAAAUAUUGCUGGAAUAGGUACAAAAAAUGACCUGAGCUGUCCAGCAGUUUCUGAUGAUAUUGCUCCUCUCCUGGGAGAUUCUGAAGCUCCUAUUGUGCAAAGAAUAACUCAUAUUUCAGGUUAUAAUUAUGGACUGCCUCAUUCCUGUGUCAGAUCCAAUACUUUCGACAAAGAGACUCCAUGGACAGAGAGAGAAAAAAUCAGAGUGUGUGUCCGAAAACGUCCUCUCUGCCAGAGGGAGGAGAGACGUGGGGAGGUUAAUAUAAUCACAGUGAAAGAUAAAGAAACCCUACUUCUCCACGAGAAGAAGGAGGCAGUUGAUCUUACACAAUACAUUUUACAGCAUGUUUUUUAUUUUGAUGAAGUCUUCGGGGAGUCAUGUACCAAUCACGAUGUGUAUAUGAGGACAGCUUACCCUCUCAUUCAGCAUAUUUUUAGCGGAGGCAAUGCAACUUGUUUUGCAUAUGGGCAGACUGGUGCUGGCAAGACUUACACCAUGAUAGGGAAUCACCGGAACCCAGGACUCUACGCCCUGGCUGCCAAGGACAUCUUUAGGCACCUGGAAACUUCACCAUCCAGGAAAGAUCUUCUUGUUCUGAUCAGUUUUUAUGAGAUAUACUGCGGACAGCUUUAUGACCUACUAAAUGAAAGGAAAAGACUUUUUGCAAGAGAAGAUGGCAACCACGUUGUUCAGAUAGUCGGACUGCGGGAAAUUCAGGUGGAUUGUGUAGAUCAUCUGUUGGAGGUAAUUUUGAAGGGGGGAAAAGAACGUAGCACAGGAGCUACUGGAGUCAACUCAGAUUCUUCUCGGUCUCAUGCCAUCAUCCAAAUUCAAAUUAAAGACACAGCCAACAGGGCAUGUGGAAGGAUAUCAUUCAUUGACUUGGCUGGCAGUGAAAGGGCAGCUGAUGCCAGAGACUCGGAUAGACAAACAAAAAUGGAAGGAGCAGAAAUAAACCAAAGUCUUUUGGCACUGAAGGAAUGCAUUCGGGCAUUGGAUCAGGAACACACACAUACUCCUUUCCGACAAAGCAAAUUAACUCAGGUGCUAAAGGACUCUUUCAUUGGCAAUUCUAAGACAUGUAUGAUAGCCAAUAUUUCACCGAGCCACAUAGCUACAGAGCACACCCUGAACACUCUGCGAUAUGCUGACAGGGUCAAAGAGCUGAAGAAAGGGAUUAGAUGUUCUACCCCUAUCACAAAAAGGCGUCGCAGAGCUAGAAAUAUAUCUCCAAAACGUAUCCAAAGCACUCCCUCGUUGCCACCUGGGGAAAAGAGCUCUCCAAAAAAAGUGAAGCUAGGCCUUCAGCAUCCCUCAGGUGUUACAAAACCAAAGGCAUAUCUUACAGCACUCCAGCCACAUGGUGUCCCUCUUACCUCUACCCCCAAAGGAAUUGGCAAGGGACAUGGCUACAAAGGAAAUACCAGCACUCCCUGCUUCCACCACACCACCCCAGUUAAGGGAGUUCUACGGAUUACACAUCCGCUAAAGAAGAAAAAUGAUGAUCUAUCUCCCCACUCUGAAAAGAGCCCCUCGAUGAAGGAUUUCAUUGCUUCAGCAGAAACAAAGGAGAGUGACCAGCACGACAAGUAUAUGCAAAACAGAACACCUGUCCAGUGCCUGAAAGUCCAGACAGUGCAACCUGUUCAGAAACAGCUUGCUCCUAGAGAUGACGGUUCUUUUGGAGAUGGAAGUCUGCCCUCUGACAGCGAACAGGAAUGGGGAAAUACUUUUGCUAAACAGUCUGUUGAACCCUGGGCAUAUCUGCCUCCAUUUCAGAAGGAAAGGGAAGAGCAUUUACGUCUUUAUCACCAGCAGUUUCAGCAGCCGCCUAUUCUAAAGCAAAAAUUGAACUAUCAACCCCUUGAGAGGUUUUUAAUGCAGUACAAGCCUGAGGAGAUUCAAGUGAAACAGGAGCUGAGCCUUUCUCCAACUGAAGUGCAGAACAAAGAGGGGAUGCAGCUGGAAGAUCUGGAUGACAGUGAUUUCAGUGAAGAUUCUUUCUCACCUGUCUGUAGUCAAAAGAGCGUGAAGAGAGGAAGUACCAACAAAUGCAGUCAACAUUCAUUUUUCCUUCAUGAAAGAGAAGAAGGAACUGAAGAAGAGCAAAAAGGCCAAAAGCGACAGGAUUUAUUUUUUAAAUAUGCAAUAGCCAUGCAAGAUCAUGGAUUGGAUUGUAGUGAGGGUAACCCAAAGGCAGAGGAAUCCAUUAAAAAUGCAGGCUGCAGUGAUACUCCUGCAGACUGGAGCUAUGACUUAGAUGUUGAAUCCUCUCCAAGCAAUACUGCAGAAAAACCGUACUGCCUGCAGGAAGAUCCUGCUUGCAGCUGGAGAAAUGGCAAGGAUUUCCUAUCUGAUCACAAAGAGUACAAGUCCAAACCCAGAUGUCUUGUUUACUCCAGUGAAGCCACUUCAGUUUCAGAAAAGGAUGCUUCAAACCUGUAUAUAUCACCUGUCUUGAAAUCAGGACCUCCAGAGUGCAAAGAGAUUGAUCUCCAGCAUGACGAGAAGGAAGAAUCCCUUUUGGAUAAAAAGGCUGCCCUUGCAGGAGGUGUAAAAUGGAAAGCUCGAAAAAAUGUAGUUAGCCACUCUGUUUCUUCCAGUUGUUCCUCAGAAUUCACCUCCGAGCUCAUGGCCCCUCUCCUGCUGUCCCCUCUUGAUGGUGAGGACACAACCAAAACAGAGAAAGCGUCUUCCAGCCAAGAGAAACCGCCCCGUGAGAAGCAGGUGCUGGACAGUGGCGCCCAGAGCAGGUUUGAGGAGGAGGGCUGGCAGUGCACCAGGAGCAGAUCCCUGACCGACAGCAUGCUGGAGCUGGGGGAGCAGCCCCGCCAUGGGGGAAGGCUCUGUGCCCUGCUGGGCUCCCCUCAAGCCUCGCCCAAGCGGCUCCUGCACGCCUGCGGCCGCGUGAAGCCGUGCUGCUGCCGCCUGGGGUCGGCUUCAUCCAAGCAGGGAGUCCGGCGCAGUUUGUUUGGUGGGCAUGGCCCGAUGGAAGCAUCCGCAGCUGCGUCCACAGCUGGAUCCACAACUGGAUACUCGGUCCCCAGGCUGGAGAGAGAGAGUGGGGGGCUUUGCAGUGACUCCCCCUGCAGAGAACACUCGGGAGGCAGAAGGUGUGGUGCUGAUGUUAAUCAGCAUAACAAUGCUGGUAAUUCAGGGAAGUCUAACUCAAGUCAAGGGCACCCUGCUGAGGAAAUAAAUGCUGAAAUACCUGAAAAGAGCUAUGCAGCCCAGUCCCCAUCUCGGGAGAACAGCCUUCUGCUGCAGACCAAGCCAGGACUGAGGAAUGAGGACCUCACCCAUUCUGAAGACCCUUCCAAGUCAUUGUUCAGCGAUGAGGAAACAGGAUUGCUAAAAACCAAGUUAAAGCAGAGUAUUUUUGCACAAGACACUUUUGCUGCAGAUGCAGGAUUUGCAACCAUAGAUAAUAAGCCAAUAGCAAAUGCAAAGUGCCCCUCACACAUGUCCAGCAGCAGCUCUCCAAGUCCUGCAUCAGAGAUGGAGAAAUGGCAGAGGGAAGCCUUAGAAAAGGCACAGCAGAUUGUAAUUCGUGCUCAUCAGCAGCAACUGGAUGAAAUGGCAUGCCUGUGCUUCAAAGAGGAGUGCUUGAUAAAUCAGAUGUCAGCAAUGGAUUUUCAGAAUUUCAUGACCAUGCUGGAUGAAAUCUUGGUACUGAAGUUAAAGUGUGUCCAAGCGAUGCGAGCCCAGCUUCAGCUCUGUUUAUCCUCCCCUGGCACUGACACAUCACUGCAAACAUCUCCACCAGUUUAGACCUUCUUUGCUUCUACAUGCACUGGAGCAGCUACAGGAAACCCCAGCCAGCACUUUGCUGCAGUUGGUGCUGCAGAGUGUGGGUUGUAGGGGAUAGCUUUUGGUUUGAAGUUUGUGACUAGUGUGUGUUUUAUACAAGAAUGCAGAAUAUUCUGAGUAAAUGAGAGAUGACUAAUUAGCACCAUAAGCUUUGUAUUUCAUUCAUAACAGUAAGCCACGUUCUGAACUGUAACAAUUCAGCAGCCUUAAAUAUCUCACCAAGCAGCAGACAAGUCAUGUUCACAUAUAGCAGUUUCUC